AUGAGCGGUGGCGCGGGGUCAUCAUCAGAAGAAGCCGGUCAGCGGGAGGACAUGCCGGCGGUGGUGGAGGUUCGGCAGCACGGCGACGGGGCGAGCCUGGACGUGGUGCUCAGCAGCAGCGUGGAGCGACCCUUCAUGCUGCACAAGGUGGUCACCGUGCUGCAGGAAGAAGGCGCCGAGACCAUCAACGCCAACUUCUCCGUCGCCGGCACCAAAAUCUUCUGCACCAUCCACUGCCGGCUAAGCUAG